AUGAACGUUUCGACCGACGAGAUUGCUGCCGAGAUUACUGACGAGAUUGCUGCCGAAAUCUAUUUAUCGCAUCCGCUGCGUCCGCACGGGAAUAUUCGGUCUAUUCUCUCACUCACCACUCUUCAUACUCUGAAUGUUCUGAUUCAUGACUCGGCUUUGGUUGCAUGCACAUAUAAUAAAACAACCGGUCUCACUCCUAUCCUCUCUACACCUGUAUUUGGUCGUAUUCUAUCUGCAUGCAUUCUCAGAUCUGCUUCUCGUUCAAUUCUUUCUAAACCAACCCUGUCUAGGCGGACUAUUCAUGGCUCAACAUCGGCCGAUUCUUGUAGGAAAAAUCCAAAUCUAUCGCUAAUCACUAAAAAUAGGAUUAGAAAUUCUCUUAAUGACUUGAUACUGUGCACUUCGGAUUCUGGAUUUUUAUCCGGUAUUGCAUUAUGUCAUUCCUUCACUGGCUAUUCUUUCGAAUGCAUUUUUCAGCAUAAGAUUGCACCUCCAGGAACAAGCUACACGCAGCUGGGUCAUAUUGUUGUUUCUGAUCCACUUGCCAGCUGUAUUGCAGUCGCUGCAUUCCACAAUCGCAUCACUGUAUUUCCCAUAAACUCAUUCAGUGAGGACAAGGGAGUCCCUUUAUUCUAUUCUCAGCAAGAUAUUGUUUUGCCAAAACCCAAUUCAAACAUUUUGCACAUGGCCUUUCUGAACAUGCCACCAGAGUUUCCGCAUAUCAUUAAUCUGGUCGUUGUUGUUCUUGUCAACCGAGAAGUAGAAAUUCUACUUUAUGAGUGGAAUCAACUUAAUGGUGUCAUUUCCAACUUUACUCAAUUCGUGCCAUAUGCCACUGGAAAAGAGGCUGUACCAUUGCAUUUAGUUUCUCUUCCGAAUCUGCCCACGUACUUUCUAAUUAUAACAGAAUCAGAGCUGCUGCUUCUUAGCUCAAUUGACAUGAAACAUUUUUCUCGAACUCCUCGUCGCCAGCAUAUCCCGGGACCUUUUCAUUCAAAAGAGAUACGCCAAGAUUUGGAAGCAAUAGUGAGCUCUGUUCAAGUCUUGGAAUCCAAUACUUCCGAUUAUGAGCAUCUUUAUAUAACUUCUGAUCAAGGCCAUAUCAUGUAUCUACGAAUAGCUCGUGCUCAAUUGACUAUUCAUGUAGUUCAUGUGGGCGAAAAGCGGAGACCUAUUUCGCUGAUGAAAAGUUUGCCAUCUUCUGACAACGAACAUAGUUUGAUCCUGUUUGGUUCGUUUUGCAAUGGCGAGAUUAUUCAUAUUAAUGCCAAAUCGCUAUGCAUAUUGGGAAACGAGCCUAUUUCAAAUGAUUGGAAUGCUGGGCCAACUCUGGAUUUCUGUUUGGCUGACACACUAGGAAAUAAUACAGACACACUUUAUAUGACUGCUGGUGCCGCACCGCUAGGAUACAUACAAGAAAUUCGUCAUGGCGUUGGAGUUUUGAUUGAUGACACUACCAAACAGUUUGAUGGAGCAAUAAAAUUGUGGGGGCUUCGAACAUCUUGUGAAGAUACUGUCGACUCUCUGCUUGUUGCAUCUUUUGUAGCAUCAACCCGUAUCAUGUACAUGCAAGAUGAUGAAUUUGAGGAUAUCUCGGAUAUUUCUGGAUUUACUAUAGAUGUAGCUACACUCAACACUGCAGCUUGUUUUGUCAGUGGAUAUUUUAUCCAAGUUCACUUGCAUGGAAUCAUCAUUGCUAGGCCAUUGUUGGAUAAAACUAUAAACAAUAACACCUGUACAGCAAAUUGGUCACCACCAAAUGACCACAAGGUUGGAUUCUCUGCCUUUUAUCAAGACUGUGUUUUACUUACUUUGACUGGUGAAAAUUCGUUGAUGCUACUAAAAGUAAUUAUCCAAGAGAACAGUAAUGUUCAAAUCGAGUCGAUUUCUUCAAUUUCACUAGAUAUUGAACCAUCGUCUCAAUACUAUUCCACUCCAAUCAAUGUUCCACAUUCAAUCUGCAUCAUUAAAUCUAAAGAAAUUUCAAGCAGGAGCAAUGCAUUGAUUUCCAAACCACAUUUACUGAUUGGUAUUCGCGACGGCGCACUUUUGGAUUUCACUCUAGACUUUGAAAACGAUCAAAUUAAUUUCAUGCCUCCAGUUAUUCUGCAGCUAGGAGACUGUCCAUUGGAUCUGGUUUAUUCACAUCAUACUGAUCCACUUGACCGGUAUGUGUUGGGCGUGACAAACCAAACUUGGCAGUUGUCAGUCUCGCCUAUUGGCGGAAUUCGAAUCUCGCAGCUUCUUCACAAACCAAUUCUUCAUGCAGCAAGGUUUCUAUACGAUGCUGAUGUAGACACAGGAUUUUUGUUUUUAACAUCAGACACAUUGUCAUUUGUCAAAGUCGACCCCGAGUCUGGAUAUCAUAUACGCAAUAUUAAUAUGGGUGAUACGCCGAGAAGAAUCUUGGUUGAUCCAGUCACUAAACUUUUAGUGGUUGCUGGGUCUUCACAAGGCGAUGCUGAUGAGAUUUUGACUACUGUAAAAGUCAUGAAUCCAGAUACAGGUCAAGUUUAUGCCACAGAGCGUCUAGCUGCUAAUGAAACUAUUCACUCGUUGAUUGUAUGGCAUGUCAAGCCGACCAAGAGGUAUAUUUGCAUGGGGACGAGAAUUCAUGCUACAUCAGGACGUGUGUUAGUUUUUGGCUUAAAACCAGCUACUAAAAAUAAACAUAUCAAGUUUACGUUGAUGGGGCAGUAUACUUUAAACGGUCCAGUAUUAGCUCUAUGUACAUUUGUAAACAGCUACUUACUUGCCUCUGCUGGAUCUACACUCUAUCAACUUAAAAUCGAAGCCGUACAUAGAACCAUUACAGCAGGUGCAUCUAUCGACAUUAAUUCUAUAAUUACACGGAUUCAUGCAUUGAAAACGCAAAUUUUUAUUGCCAAUACGCAAGACUCUAUAUCAGUGUACAAGUUUGAUAUUGCGACAAAAGCAUUUGCGUUUAUAAAGAGUGACGUGACGAGUAGAGUUGGAUCGGAAUGUUUUCCUUUGGAUGAUUCAUUGGUGAUUGGAACAGAUCGGCAUGGUAAUAUAUAUGGACUAGACACAAAUCAAGGUGAAGACUCUGAUACCCACGAAUCAACAGAUUCACAAUCAAUGCAAACAGGGUUUGAAUUUCAUAUAUUGGACAUUGUUUUGCAACUAAAACCCGGAUCGAUGAAACAUCGACUGCAACAAAUCACUUCUGCGACUGCGGCAGAGCAUACGUCUUUCACUGAUGAUAGGAUGAUUUCAGAAUUAGAUACGCUGGAUAAGGGUUGGUGGUCAAACAACGGUACUGCUCUAUCCAAGCCCAUGCAGAAACUGUAUCAUGUAUCUACUGCCGAAAAUGUAUCUAUUUCUAACGAGGUAAUCGAACAACGAGUGCAUGGAGGACAGGUGAUAUAUGGCGCAACUCUAUCCGGUGGUUUGAUCGCCAUGUUACGACUACGUUCAGACGUGUACAUUGCUUUAGAAAUCUUGCAGAAUGUAUUGGCAGAAUUUGAACAGACUCGACCCUUACUAGGAAACGAUUUUAAAACUUUCAGAUCAGGAUCGGGCGAGUUAAAAAAGUGCAUUGAUGGGCAGUUUGUAUCACAGUUUUUAUUACUCUCUGACGAAAUAGCUCAAGAGGUAAUGCAUCAAUGGACAUGUAAAAGACAAAAACAUCCUUAUGUUUUAAACCAAUCAGGUGUAAUGGCCAUGAGCAUGAAUACAACCAAAAUGUCGCAUAUUUUGAAAUGGCUAGAGUAUAUGUGUAUUUAAAUCGUGAAAUGCUUGACAAUUACAAUAUUGAAAUAAAAUGAUGCAUGAC